AUGGCUGCUGAAGGAGUGGACGAACGAUCGCCCCUGCUGUCAGCUUCUCACUCGGGAAAUGUCACCCCCACGGCCCCACCGUACUUACAAGAAAGCAGCCCCAGAGCGGAACUUCCACCUCCGUACACAGCCAUUGCCAGUCCAGAUGCCAGUGGUAUUCCUGUAAUAAACUGCCGUGUGUGCCAAUCUCUCAUCAAUUUGGAUGGCAAGCUUCACCAACACGUGGUUAAGUGCACAGUGUGUAAUGAAGCUACCCCAAUCAAAAACCCCCCGACAGGGAAGAAAUACGUUAGAUGCCCUUGUAAUUGUCUCCUCAUUUGUAAGGACACAUCUCGACGAAUAGGAUGCCCAAGACCCAACUGUAGACGCAUAAUUAACCUUGGUCCAGUAAUGCUUAUUUCUGAAGAACAGCCAGCUCAACCUGCUUUGCCAGUCCAACCAGAGGGAACGAGAGUUGUGUGUGGGCACUGUGGAAACACAUUCCUGUGGAUGGAAUUAAGGUUCAACACUCUGGCAAAAUGCCCCCACUGCAAAAAAAUCUCCUCCGUGGGUAGUGCCCUUCCACGAAGACGCUGCUGUGCAUAUAUUACCAUUGGAAUGAUAUGUAUUUUCAUUGGUAUUGGGUUAACUGUUGGCACCCAAGAUUUUUCCAGGCGGUUUCAUGCAACCUAUGUUUCAUGGGCAAUUGCUUACCUCUUGGGUUUGAUCUGUCUUAUUCGAGCUUGUUAUUGGGGAGCCAUUAGAGUCAGUUAUCCAGAGCACAGUUUUGCAUAG